AUGAAUAGGGUUACAUCAAUUGUAUCUGGAAAUGGCAGCUUGCUGAGCUCGUUAUCAUCAAUGAACCUCACUGAUGUUAGCUCGAUUAAUAUUCAUGACGUUUAUCUAAAGGUCCUUCAAGUGGCUAUCAUUGACUAUCGUACGGAACCACGCUUUAGAACACCAAUAAUAACCCCAAAAGCUGCCUCAUCAAGUAGCCCUGCCCUGUUAUCUGCUUCCAGCAGCUCAACCAAUGCAAAAAGGACUUCAUACAGUGCGCCAACUUCAAGCUCAAAGCCCUUAACCAAACUUCUAUCGCAUUUUGACUCUAAGGAAGAAUCAGAGAAUAAUUAUAAAUUACCAAAAGAUACCCUCAAGAACCUUAAAGCCAUCUUGGAUUCAAUAGCUAUCAAAGCAUCUCAUAAGUACUUAUCGGAUGGAACUAGGAGAUGUAUGCUCAGUUUCUACACAAUGAUCCCUCAAAUCCCCUCAUCUGAUACUAGAAAUCCCAGCUACUUAAUCAAUAUGUAUACUAAGGCCAUCAACAAGGAAAUCCCAUUCAUAAGAGAUCCAAAUGUCGAAGUUAACGCGGUUAUAUUCAAAGAACUCUCUCAUUUUAUAAGUAUAUUGAUCGAAGCUAUUAGAAAUGAGAAAAAUACCGAAGCUGCGAUUGCAUACUUGAAAGAAACAAAAUCUUCAAUGGAUACAAAAACCAAAAGUAUGGUUAAUUAUGGCUAUUCAACAGGAUCAUCUGCCUCAAAUAACGCGAAUGUCAUUACAAAAUUCACAGAACCAUCUUUCCUCAUAAGUGAAAUGCCACUUGUCCAAUUGGUGGGAGAAAUGUUUUUCGUUGACAAAGAGAGUCUUCAACAUGAUGUUAGAAAAUUGAAGGACUCUGCUACUGAAAUUGCUUUACAAGAAGAUCUUAAAGGAAUAAUUUCAAGCGCGCAUAAUGAUUCAGGGGUAUAUUUUCCCUCAGAUUUUCUAACAGAGCAGCAAUAUAAGCAGUGGAAAGAUCGUGAAUCUAUGGGAAUUGCCUCGCUAUUGGCAAAAUUGAAAAGGCCCAGUGCAAUGGACAGACAAAGUUUGCCUACAUCAAGAUCUGGACCUUAUUAUAUUAUACCUUCAUUAACAAGAGAAUAUUAUAUCAAGCUUCUUGAGGUUUGUCUUAAAUAUAACAAGCUCAAUAAUGAUGAAUCCUUGCUAUUUUCCAAUACUACUAAUGAACUUAUUCAACUUGUAUCAAGUUAUUGGAGAGUAAAUGAUACAGCUAAAGCUGCACUACUUUUCACGGCAGCAAAUAACACCGUGAUCAACUUGACAGUGAAUACCGGUGAGAUCGUUGAUAUUGAUACCACCAAAUGUGGAACAGUAAUCAACACUGCUUUUAGAUGUUUAAAACAUGAUGAUGAAAUGGAUAUUUUAGAAUGGCCUGAACCUGAUAAAAAAGAGUGGGUCAAUAAUGUUCAGAUAGUCUAUUUGCAGAUAAUGGGAAGCAUAAGAAAAUUGUUGGCAUGUGUUUUUGAACCCACCAGACCCAAGUUUAACAAAUACAUCAUGUUUUUGCUAGAUUAUGUACAAGCUGACCCAAGUUAUGAAGAAUUCAUUGUCAAAUCGGGAUUAACUAAGAAAUGGGAAAGGAGAUUGACCAUAGCUGUUGGUAAGGCAAUUGAUGGAAAAUAUGUCGAUAUCUUAUCAAAAAUUCCUAGAGACUCGUCACUUACAUUACUACAUGUCUAUAAUGCUGCUAUUGAAAUUAUCGAAACUUUGCAGCAAACCCAAGCACGGUUCAAACAAUCUUUUUUAGGAAUUAUUAAUAUUGUUCAUCUUACAACACAACAAUUCACUUCAGGUUUUGGAAGAGAUUCAAGAGCCAUGCUUUAUCACAUUGUGAAUAGAAUUAAAGAGAAAGAGGGAAACCUUGAUUCUGUCAAUUACGAUGAUGCGAUUAGUAUAUAUAAGAAGCUAUGCGAUGUUAGAUUUUCUUAUGAGCAAGUUAUGAGCGUCUCUAGAAACCCGUUCCCUUUCAAUUUGGAACAGUUUUUUUAUCCAUUUGUUGAGAAUUUUGUCCAUGAUUGCGAGUCUAAAAUAAAGCAAAUGAUUAUUAACGCUUUUGAGCAAGAUAAUUUUGAAGUACUUGAGGAUGAUCCAGAUAAAGUUUCCGGGUCAGUGAAAAACUGCCUACGAAUUUUUAAUCAGAAUUUGUCUGUUUUGAAAGACUUGGGCUGGGAGAAUGAGUAUCAACUCAGCAAGCUCUAUACAAUUAUGAUUAAGGGUAUUUGCGAAUCCAUUACCACCUACGGUUAUAAGUGCCUCGAGAUUAUUACCAUGGACUUGAAUGAUGCCUCUGCUGAAAUUGCAGACUUUGGGGACGAUGGUACGGUGGUACCACAAGACGAUGAAAACAAUGCCAUGAAGUGGUUAUCAGGUGUCAGAGCGGCAGUGACUGGUAAUCAAAAAGUUGAACCGCCAAAACCUUACAAAUUUAAGGAACGGACUUGCGUGCUUUUGAACAAUAUCGGAGCAAUGCUACAAAACAUUGAUAAGAUUGAGGAUCUGGUCAAUCCUGAAAAUAUUUCGGCUAUUAUUCAAGCUAGAGAAGGACCACCGAAAUCUUCAAGUUCUCUAAAUUUGUUUUCAAUCAAGAUUGUCAAGGCAGAAAAUUUGAAGGCAGUAGGCUCUGAUGGCUUUUCUGAUACGUACGUCAUGCUUACAGACUCAAGUUCUAGAUCUACCGUUGGUAAAACCCGUAAAAUCCUUGAUGAUUUGAACCCACAAUUUAACGAAGAGUUUGAAUUCACGGUUCCUAUGUCUAAUCCAGGCUUCCUCACUGCUACUGUCUGGGAUGAUUCAAAAUCCACCGUUAGAAGCCACGAGAUCCUUGGAAGAGCUACGAUUCAUCUUGAUCCUAGAAAGUAUAAUGAUAAUGGUAUUCCUCAUGAUAGAUGGUAUGAAUUGGAUACCCAAGGAAGAUUGAUGUGCUCAAUUUCUAUGGAAAGUGAAAAGGUGGACGCUCUUUUCUGUUUAGGAAGAGCACAUAGAUCGUUGGUUAGAAUCAGAGAUAGAUCUAUAAGUUUGAUGGUGAACAAAUUUUCGAAAUUCAUUUUCUAUUCUCUCUCGCGCUCAACAUUGAAAACAACUUGUGGUAAUAAUGGAUCCAUGAGACCUGGAAAGGAUACCCUUAGAGGUGCUAUUUCCCCAUUAGGAAACUAUUUGAACUCUAAUUUAUUUGUCUUGGCUGAAAUUUUGACAAAUAAGAUGUUAAUUAAAGUGAUGUUGGAAUGCUGGUCCGUUGUCUUAACUACCGCCGAUUUACUUCUUUUACCUCCAUUGAGCUCUGCAAGGAACUCUUUGGUAUCAGAAUCUAACAACAAUAUUUGGCAAAAUGCAAUUGCUAGUUUGGGAGGAAAUUCCAAUAGACCUUUGACUCAGAUUGAAUUGGAAAUUACCUUUGAAUGGUUAAAAAUUUUGUGCGUGGAAUUCUUUUAUGCUAACGGUGAAGGUCCUCCAUUGGAAAAAUUGCAGGAUCAUAAAUAUCAAACUCUACUUUUAGUUCCUGUACAUUAUGUAACCGACGUUAGUUCAUUGGUUGAAGAAUUACAGCAGCUAAUUCCUUCUGUCAACAGAUACAUCAAGGAGAAAAAUUAUUAUGAUAUUUCGGACUUAACUGGUAUAACAAAGGGCCCCAAGUCUAAAGAUAGUAUUAAACUUACAAGGUCAGGCACUGUUGCUAGAUCCAAAACGAUUAUGGCUCAAGGUUCUGCAAAGGCUAGAGCCCAGGCUAAACAGGAAGUCAAGGCUGCUGAAACUGAUCCACUUGCUGUUAAAUCGGAGACCGAGGAUAUAAUUUUGAGAAUAUUGAUAGCAAAAGGACAGAAGCUGUAUGUGGCGGGAAGACUUCAAGAACGUGAGGCAGUUGCACGAAUUACCCAAACAGAAAUCUUGGCUAAAGCCGCUGCUAAUGGUAUUAGAAUUGUAUGA